AAACUUUGGUAGUGAACACGACGACGUAUCGAAAGUGAGUGUGUGUUGUUCUGCAGAUCAAAGCCCUUGAUUUCGCCAUAGCAGUCAUUUUAUAUCGAAUCGAGAAGAAGAAGGACGACCCCGAUCUGAGAAAUUCGCCGGAGCUACUUUUAUUCUUCGAUCAAUGGCAAUGGCUGUAUUCCGUCGCGAAGGGAGGCGUCUCCUCCCUUCAAUCGCCGCUCGCCCAAUUGCUCCCAUCCGAUCUCCUCUCUCUUCUGACCAGGAGGAAGGACCUCUUGGAGUUCGUUCUAUCUCAACUCAAGUUGUGCGUAACCGCAUGAAGAGUGUGAAGAACAUCCAAAAGAUCACAAAGGCCAUGAAGAUGGUUGCUGCUUCUAAGCUUAGAGCUGUUCAAGGACGAGCUGAGAACUCCCGUGGGCUUUGGCAGCCUUUUACUGCUCUUCUUGGAGAUAAUCCCAGCAUUGAUGUGAAGAAGAGUGUGGUGGUCACUCUCUCUUCUGACAAGGGUCUCUGUGGUGGAAUUAACUCCACUGUUGUUAAAGUGAGCAGGGCUCUGUACAAAUUGAAUGCUGGUCCUGAAAAGGACGUGAAGUUUGUUAUUGUCGGAGAGAAAGCAAAGGCUAUAAUGUUCCGUGACUCCAAGAACGACAUUUCCCUUACUGUUACAGAGCUGAAUAAGAAUCCACUCAAUUAUGCUCAGGUCUCAGUUUUAGCUGAUGACAUCCUGAAGAACGUUGAGUUCGAUGCUUUGCGCAUUGUUUACAACAAGUUCCAUUCCGUUGUCGCAUUUCUACCGACUGUGGCCACUGUUUUGUCACCUGAGAUUAUUGAGAAGGAGUCUGAAGUUGGAGGAAAACUCGGUGAGCUCGACUCAUACGAGAUUGAAGGUGGUGAAACAAAGGGUGAAAUUCUGCAGAAUCUGGCCGAGUUUCAGUUCUCUUGUGUAAUGUUCAAUGCGGUGCUGGAGAAUGCAUGUAGUGAGAUGGGAGCUAGGAUGUCUGCUAUGGACAGCUCAAGCAGAAACGCAGGAGAAAUGCUUGACCGUCUCACCCUCACUUACAACAGGACUCGUCAAGCUUCUAUCACAACAGAGCUUAUCGAGAUUAUCUCUGGAGCUUCUGCACUUGAAGCCGCUAAAUAAGCACAUCCUUGUUUGCGUUAACUUGGCUUUUGAUAUAUUAUUCAUCCACCGUGGAGGAGACACUGUGUUUUGAACUCUUUAAGGGCCACUGAAUCAAUUUCCUUUGCUGGCUUCUUGUUGAGGCAACCAGUCUUUGCUCAAAGAUUUUUUUCAUAAUAAAUAUCCCUGUAAUUUCCAGCAGGAUUAUGAAUAAUUGCAUUCACAUUUUGUUCUGGAUUCAGAUACUCUUUCCCAAGAAUCCGCAGUGUUGUUUUGUUCAAAUAACUUAUAUAAAUACUCUGCUUUCCUAA